AUGAUUCAACUAAAGACAUUACUAAACUGCAUCGACAACUCCGGCGCCUCGGUCGUCGAGUGCGUCAACGUCCUGAAGAAGCAGCGGGCCGCAACGAUCGGUGACCGGAUAGUCGUCGUCGUCCAGAAGCAGAGGGCUGCUACGUCGGAAGGGUCUAGCACUACCGCGCUCGCGAACAAGGUCCGUCGUGGAGAUAUUCGGCAUGCGGUUGUGGUCCGUGUGAAGAAGGAGGUGCAGCGCGAUGAUGGUACCGUUGUUCGGUUUGGAGAUAAUGCCUGUGUGCUGGUGAAUAAGGCUGGAGAUCCUAUCGGGACAAGAAUGAACGGCGUCGUGGGACAGGAACUGCGCGGCAAGCAGUGGUCCAAGAUCUUGUCGUUGGCGCCCGUGCACGUGUAA